CUCUGGUGCGUUAGUGUGGAGCGCGUGUUGCUGAGAGCUACAGGCCCACCAGAAACCACCGAACUGGACCGGUACCACCCAGUCCCGGAGCGUUGUUUUAAAAAAGAACUGCCCUUUGCAAAGAGAAGUGAACAUCUUCAGAGCGACGAGACUUGAAGCGUGGUUUUUAAAAAAGUGCCUAACGCAGCCUCCGCUACGGGAGCGGCUGCUCCGACGGUCCGAGCAGAACCACCCAGGAAGAACCGGGACCAUGUCGCCGUGUCGUAAGGAGAACUACAUCCUCCUAGAACAGUCAGUCACAGUGGAGUCCACCGAAGUGGACUCGCUGGUGUCGAAGAUCGGGGAGGUUCUGCAGCUUCACAACAACAGCGGCGGCCAUCAGAAGACGGUAUCCGUUUCCGUCUCGUGCCUGCGUGGAGGCGCUGCUGCGGGCAGGCCGGCUCGUGUCGCCGUGGAAGGUUCCGGCGCGUCUGCGCAGAAGAGACCCGGCUGUUACAUGCGCCUCUGGAACCGGGGCAGCAGCCGCCCCAGUCCGUAUAGCGUCCCCGGGACGAGCGAGCACAACUGGGACCAGAUCAAAGCGUGGAACAAGAAACGGGUGGAGGAGGAAGAGCCGCACCGGCUACUGCAGGAGCUCAUUCUGUCCGGGAACCUGGUCAAAGAGGCGGUGAGGAGGCUGCAGUUCCCCGGGACCAGCUGUGGAGAGUUUUCCCGUCCAGACCAGCGAGCAUGACGUCACGACGGAUCGGAACACUUGCAACUGAUCUUGACUUCAAGACUGUUGUGUCUGCCAGCGCCCCCUGCGGCCUGUUUACGUUCGAUAUUUUUUUUGUCGGUGGGGGAUGGUGGUGUUGUUCUUCACCUAAUUUCCGUUUUUGACGAGUAUUGAUCAGAGAACUAAACAAUUGUGAGUUUAGAUACAUUACGGACCGGACCGCGGUUUCCAGUCGCUUCGUACCGAAGCUCUAGAUAAUGAUCCUGAAUAUUCAGGACCUUUUGUCCAAAUAAAGUCGUUUCU